GUUAGGAUGACGCAAAAUGGUACAAUUACAGCAAACUAGAUAAGUUGCGUUCAGGGGAUAAAGCGUUACGACUCCCCGAGAACUGUGUUUCUGGUGUAUUGAAAUGGCUCGACAGGUGCAUUAAAAAUGCACAGGUAACUUAUACAUCACCCAGUCACACUUCCCACUGACCUAACCUACCGGUGGUGGCCAGGUUAGCUACGUCUCAGGGGGCCGAACCGAGUCCUUGCAUAGAUCACUGUAAUGGCUUCGGACUAGUGAAGGAUUGGUUGAGGAGGUACAAAGCCGUAUCCGGAGGGCGAAAAACUAAACCAGUGCGUAAAAACAUAGACACGACAGGUGGACAGAUGUCUGGAUGAAGUUGUUUUGCGUCUCUACCUCACCUGUCUUUGGGCGAUAGCUAGCCAGUUUGGCUUCUGGACCACUGGUGGUAGGCUUCCCAAGGAAAGAGGAGACGGGCUGACUACUUUUUUCUUCCACUUUUGGAGGAAUUUCUGCAUUGAAUACAGCUGAAAGUAGGGACCAAAGCGACGCACUCAAGUAUCCACAAAGUGCCCGUGCCCGGAGCCUCCUCCUCUGCGUAUGAUAUGACAUCACCCUGCGGUUGCCACAGUAACCAGCCAGGCCCUGCGAACGGUUGACGGCCAGCUGUGAGUGGUGAAGAUGGCUGCCCAGGUGGAGCUGGACACUGGGAGGCCGGGGGUGGGGGUGGGGGCCCGGCUUCUCCUGGGCCCCCUGGCCAGCUCCAGCAACACGACCCUCCUAGGCCCCGAGCCCGGAAAGCCCUUACCGGGACCCAAACCCCGCCUCACCCCCAAGCCCUUCGCCGUGGACAAGAACCCCACCAUCCGACCCAUCCUCGCCCCCAAGCCCCAGCCCAAACCACGCCCUGACACCUCUCGGCAGCCCCACUCGCUGAAACCGGACCCCUCCAGCAUCCCCAAGCCCCCGUUGGUGGGUGGUGCGGCUAGCAAGCCCCGACCAGCCCCCACCACCACCCAGACAUCCACCAACGCCAUCACUGCCGCAGCCAAGCCCGCAGCUGGCUUCCAAGUCACCAAGCCAGGCCUCAAGCCCAGCACCGGGCAGACCAGCAAGCCUGUGGCCCAGCCGUUCAAACCAGCUCCUCCCUUCACCCCCUCUUCCCCCUCCUCCUCCUCCUCCUCCUCCUCGGUGUCAGCUGAGGCCAGGAAGCCCCUCCCCACCUCCCAGGCGUCCAGGAGACCUGUGGGGGCCGCACCCGCAGUGCCUGUGAAGAAGCCAGGGAUCCACGCGCCGCCAGGUGCCCGCUCCUCGGCCGAGUGGUCUGGCUCCAGCCGGCAGAAAGCACCGGGCCCAUCCACCAUGACCCGGGCCAAAUCCAUGGGCUUCCUCACUGACGUCGGCCUGACGACGGAGGAAGACCGCGGCCAGAGGGUGGGCAGCACCAGCUCCGGAGCUAAGGGUGGAGUCGUAGCGGCUUCGUCUUUUGCCGCGUCGUCUUCAUCCUCGGCCACCGCGGUGCCUCUGAGACCGCACGGUAGAGCCGGCACCAGACCCCGACCCGUGUCUGCCAUCUUCUUGCCCGGUUCGACGGUGCCGCCGGACGCUCAGAACUCGUCCGGCGGUGGUGGUGGUGGGGGCGGUAGCACCGCAGGCGGUGCCGGAGCUCGCUGGACGGGGCGGCGUCCGCUGUCUGCCGACCUCACGUCGAAGUUCGAGGCCGCCGGGUUCUCGGUGCACCAGAAGGCUGCCAGGAUGGGUAGCAUGGAGAACCUCUCGGAACAGACGCGCGCAGAGAACCAGAACCAGAAAGAAGAAGAAGAAGAAAAAGAAGAGAAGGCAGAAUGGGCCAGAGCUGGAGGAUGGGUGACAGAGGGGAGAGGCAGGGAAAAGGAAGAGAAAGAGAGGAGAGGAAGCGGAGAUGGCAAGGAAGACCAGAGCAAAGCCUCCUCCUCCGCCUCGUUCGCGGCUGCACAGGAAAGGGUAGGCGAUGGGCGGGGUACACAGGAAGUGGGGGAGAGCCGGGAGGAAGUCAGAGGGGGCGGGAGCAUCAAACGGAGGAUCAGCCUGCUAUUGGACUCCUCCGCUGCCACUCUGACUGUGCCCACAGCAGCAGCAGCAGCAGCAGCGGCGGCCAGCCGGACAUCAGCGGACGGAGUGGAGGCUCGCACGGCGGCCCAGCCAAUCACAGACGCAGACAAGGCCAUCGGCGUAAAGCAGCGAAUCAGGGAGCUGUCGGAAGAUACGCCCCUCUCCCAGAGCCCUCCCCAGAGGCUGGGGGUUAAACCACGCCCCCUACCUAGAGACUUCACCAAACGCUUUGGUUCCGACAAAACCCUUGAUGUCCCCACAACUCCCACGGAUGAAAGCAAAGGUCCGCCACAGGAGAAUGACGGAGGCCCGCUCGGAAAGCCUGGAGACGCAGCCCCCAGUGCCCAAACAAGCGUCCUCCAAGGCGACAGGAAGGAGGCCCAGCAGGAAGUGAGCGACGCGGCCGACCCAUCAUCUCCCUGGAGGGCCCUGGAGGGGGGGCAGAGACCCGUGAGCGGUGCCCACGGCACGGGCCCCGGCGUCGGGGUGCAGACUGUCCGGGCGUCCCUGUUCGAGAACGUGGUGGAGAGGCACAGCGUGCAGAUGAUGAUGGACGAUGGAUGGGCAAGCACAGCAGGCCUUGCUGCCACCGCACAGGGGGCGGCCAGGAAUCGGCGUCCAGGUAGGAGCAUCUCUCUGCGGGGCAGAGCAGACCUCCAGGGCGCCCCAACAUCCAGCAUCUCCAACAACAACAACGGUGAUGAUGAUGAUGACGGCAGCCUGGUCAUGGCGGUGUAUCGCGAGCCGGCGCCCCCCUCCAGCCCGGAGUGCGUGGAGCACAUGUUCGAGACGGUGCCUGGCGCGGGCGAGAAGCGGGCGGUUAGCGAGAGCGUAGCAUUGGCUCCGUUGGAGGAGCGGGCGCUCACGCUACGCACCCGGCGCUCCGAAGGGGGCGCUGCAGCUCAGAGGGACCUUGACCUCAUGUCUCGGCCCGAGCUGGGAGCCCAAGAGGGGGGGCCUGAGUGGAGUGGGCAUCGUCUUGGACAGGAAGUGGCCCUCGGUACCAACGGAGCUGACGAGCCCAGUAGCACGCGCUACCUCCGAGUUGGGUCCUUGCAAGGGUGGGGUGUGGUGGACGCCACGGUGCGACAGGGUGAGCCAGAGAGCGGGGGUAGGAAGUCUGACAUGGUGAGGAUGAUGGAGGAGGAGAUCCAGAGACAGCUGGAGAUCCAGAGGGCUGCCGCAGCCGAGCUGGAGGAGGAGGAGGAGGAGGAGCAGGUGGAGGAACAACAACAGCAUGAUGUGGGGAGAACCCACAUCAUGAACCCACCUCAGGUGGCCACGCAAAGGGAGUGGGGGAGAGAGAUGGAGAGGGAGAGGGAGGACAUUGCAGCCCCCAAACGACCCAAGAUGCUGGAAGGCGGCGAACAACCACAACUGCAACAACAACAACAACAACCAGUGACCAAACCGAGAGCCACGUACUUUGCUCUCACCGGACAGAUCCAGGAGUCGCCGUCUGCUUAUUUGGCAGAGGCUGGAGCGGAGAGGACGACGCUGAUCGGGGGCGGCGAGGGGAGGGUGGUGUCUGGAAACGUGCCUUAUGAGGACUUCUCCCUGAGGUCGGGGAGAGUGGACUCCCAGGGGAAGGUCAUCCCGCUCCGUAGGAACCCGUCCUUGGACGCCGCGUUCAGCAAGAGCCCCCAGCAGGCCGAGCCCCAGAGGCCUCCGGGAGGCGAGAGCAUGAGGGGGGGAGCAGCAGCGAAGGAGAUGAAGAGCGGGGAGCAGAGCGGCGACGGCGGCGGCAGGAGGGACAAGAGAACCAUGGAGGAGGAGGCCAUGGAGGCAGAGCGACGCCUCCUGCAGGAGUUCGAGAGGAAGAGGGAGGCGGAACGAGAGCGGGAGAGGCAGAGGGAGGCGGAGCAGCGGAGGAGAGAAGCGGAGCGGGAGAAGGAGAAACAGAGGGAGCUGGAGAGGCAGAGGGAAGCGGCGAAGGAGGCGGAACGGCAAAAGGAGCUGCAGAGGCAGAAGGAGGCGGAGCGGCAGAGAGAGCUGGAGAAGGAGAGGCAGAGGAAGAUGGAGUACGAGAAGCGCAAGGCCGCCGAGAAGGAGCUGGAGCGACAGCGCGAGGCCGAGCGCCAUCGACAGAAGGAGUACGAGCGGGAGAAGGAGAGGAUGCUCGACCAGGAGCGGCUCAGGCUCCGGGAGUUCGAGCGCCAGAAAGAGUUGGAGAGGCUCAAAGAAGUGGAGAGGCAGAGAGAGAUCGAGCGGCAGAAGCAGCUAGAGCUGGAACGCCAGCGGGAAAUCGAAAGGCUAAAACAGCUAGAGAUAGAGAGACAGAAGCAGCUAGAGCUGGAACGACAAAGGGAAGCGGAGAGGGUGAAACAACUGGAGAUAGAAAGGCAGAAAGCGCUGGAGAGAGAGAGGCAGAGACAAAAGGAGCUGGAACGGCAGAGGGAAAUCGAGAGACAGAAGGAGGUCGAGAGACGACAGAAAGAGCUGGAGAGACAGCGCGAGCAGGACAGGCAGAGAGACUUGGAGAGGCAAAGACAGCUCGAUCUGGAGAGGCAGAGAGAGCUGGACAGGCAGCGGCAGAAGGAACUCGAGAAGCAGAAAGAGAUGGAAAAGCAGAAAGCCAUCGAGCGAUGGAAAGAGGCCGAAAAACAGAAAGAGAUCGAGAGGGAGAGACAGCGCGAGCUAGACGAGUACGAAAGGCUCAAAGAGCUGGAGCGACAGCGGCUCGCAGACUUUGAGCGCAAAAAGGAACGACAACAACAAGCCGAGCUCAAGCAGCAGGAGCAGCAGCAGCGCAGGAAAGAGCGAGACGAGUCGUCCGACCGGAGGAAGCAACAAGAGCUCGAGCGUCAGAACAAGGCGGUGGCUGCAGCCGAGAGAGAGAAGAGGAGCAGUGAGUCCCCUAUGAGGCCAAAGGUGCUGGACCUGGACGCUGUGAGCCUGGGCGAUCGGUCCGCGCCGGUCCGAACCCCCACCACGCCCCCUUCGGCCCGCUGGAGACAGCCCUCUGCCCGGGCGGAGGAGCCCUAUCGACCCGCCAUCCUGGACAUCGACUCCUUCAAGAGCCAACAAGCGCAGCCCGCUCCCCCUGGCGAGAUGUUCCCCGUGGCGGGAUUCCAAAGCCUUCCAGAGCAUUCCGGAACCCCUGUGAGGAGCCAAGGCCAGCCCCAGCCGCAGACUCCCGAAUGGGCCAGGCCUCAGCCCUCGUUCCCGCAGCAACCAACGCCGAUGCUGCAGCCUCCGCAGCAGACGCAGCCGUUGGCGCCGCCGCAGUUUCAGGUGCCCUCGGCCCAGCCCGCUUCUCUGGACUGGACCAGGGUCCCGGCAGCACCACACCAGCAGUACCCCCAAUCCCAGGCCCAACAACAGCCCCAGUUCCAACCGUUUACACCAGACUGGACCAAAAUAUCGCCGCCCCAGCCCCAGCCUCAGCCUCAACAACCCACCUCCCAGUACUCCCACCACCACCACCAAACACAGCCUUCGCCUCAGUACCCUCCUCCGUACCAGCACCACCACACACAGCCUCUCACUCCUGAUUGGACCAAGUCCCAAACAUCAGGCCAGCCUCUCACUCCUGAUUGGACCAAAGCUCAGGCGCCGGGCCAGCCCCUUAUUGCUGAUUGGACCAAACCUCAAACGCCAGGCCAGCCCCUCACGCCAGAUUGGACCAAAGCUCAGACACCAGGCCAGCCACUGAUGCCAUCGCCGCUCCACAACCAACUACACCAGCACCAGCACCAGCAGCAGCAGCCGCUGCCUCAGUCUGUCAACUCUGACUGGGUGAGACCGCAGCCUGCUCCCCAGAGCGCCCCACACUCUCUCCCUCAGCCCGUCGCCUCUGUUAUUCAGACGGGCAACCGGGCCUCGGCCCUGUCUGAACCGGACUGGCUAGCCGGGCCCAGGAGCGGCACGGGUGCUGCCGUUGGCAACGUGGCGUGGCCAGCCGCCCAGACUGACGUUUGGCAACCGCGACGAGAUGAUGUCCCAUCAUCAGAAGGGUCCUGGUUUCCAGCGGAUCCUUCUAGAAGGUCCGGUGGUGGUGGUGGUGCUGUCGGUGCUGCCAAGGUGGGCACUGACCAGGCCCCUCCGCGACCGCUGAUCCCCUCGCUCCCACCACCCCUGAUCCCCCUGCCAGCCCCAGCCCCAGCCCCAGCCCCAACCCCAUCCCAUAACCCCGCCACUUCCCUUAACUCCACACUGGCACCGGCUCUCAACCCCAACACGGGAGCCUACGCUGCACCGAUGCCGCCCUACACGGCAACCCCUUCACCCACGCAAGCCCCAUCGCAAGCCCCGGACAGGCGCUGGGUCGCCUUCCCUGGGGACAGUGACUUUGCUGGGGCCCUGCCAACGCACUCCCACUCCUCCCACUCCGCGUUCGGCGGCCAAAGGCACCAUGGGGGUCAGGAGUCUGGAGUGACUCCGGGUGCAAACAUGACCGCAGCAGCAGCAGCAGCAGCAGCAGCAGCAGCAGGGGGGCUGACUGAGCCCAUGGCCUGGGAGCGGACGGCGCCGGUCCAAAGACCCGAGGGCAGAGCAGCACGGAGGGAACCGGGCCAGCAGGAUCUGUCCCGGAUGCGCUCCAGGAGCGUGAGCAGGCGUUCGGCUCCGUGCGAGAGUUCCGUCGACGCCUCGACCAACCGCAUGAGGAGCAGAAGCUCACACAGGGACAAGGCACGGCAGAGCUGGGGGGAGCAGCUGAAGCAGUGUGUGAGUGGUGAGCAGGAGCCAAAGGACACAGACACACUGGUGCAGGAGACAGACAGCCAGUACGGCACCUGGGAGACGGGCCUACGCACAGAAGACAGUCUCACCCCGGCCACCCCAUCCUCAGACAGCAUCAGCCUCCCCACGCCAUCACCACGGAAACUCACUCCAGCCCACACUCCAGGGGAACAGGCCACACCCUCCUCCGACACUCCAGAUGGCUCCACCCCUUCUCCAGAGGAGACAACAGAGCUCCUCACCUUCCCUGAGGCCUCCACAACUCUACUGGACACCAGUGCGCUGCGUUCCAGAGUGCAGCUGAGCAAGAAGCGCAACAGGAGAGCCCCUCCCUCCAGAGCGGCCCGGCACAGCGCACUGCUCACCACCCUGCCUGAAACCCAGUACCAAGACUCCACAGCAGAACAGAAGGCUGAGCCGUCUAAGCAGGAGGAUUCUGACUCUGAGGAGAAACCCAGAGCAGCCCCCUCCUCCUCCUCCUCCUCCUCCUCCUCUCAGCCCCAGAGAGUGGCCCUGUUCCCCGGGAUGGACCCCUCUGCUCUCAAGGCGCAGCUGAAGAGGAGAGGUGACGGUGACAGUCCACCAGAGGGCGCUGUGGCCCCUUCCCCAUCACAGCUCUCCCGCUCCCCGAAGUCCCCCUUCCUGCCACGCGCCUCCAGGGUCCUGCCCCCAACCACAGCAGGGAAGGAGAAUGGAGAGGAGGCAUCACCAGCGUGGCUGAAAGAACUCAAGACCAAGAAGCGAUUGAGUCAGUAUGAAAACGACAGCUAAAUACCAGAAGGAGGGCUGCCUUAAAUCCAGAGACGCUGAAAAUGAAAUCUGAAGACAGAGGCCUUAACCUUUGACCUGGAGUUGACAUGGGAUUCCGCUGCUGCUGCUGAUGAUGAUGAUGAUGAUGAUGACUACAUUGACAGCAUCAUGUUUUUCGCUUUUACUUUCUGUCUGCAGAGGUGUCAAAGACCCAGUUCAUUGAUUAAAUCCCUGCCACCGUUCUGACUUCACUGAGUAACUGGUCUUCCUUACCUGAGUACCCAUGUAAAGUACGACCAACUGGUUCAGAGAUGACUGAAUAGUUUUUGCAGCAGGGUUUUUAUUUUCUGAACUCGGGAUCGACCCCUGUACCUGUCUCGCUGCCUGAGUCACACACACAUGUGCAUGGUGCCUUUACAUUAGGAGGUGUCACACCUCUAGUGUCACAGACAAAGAAGCAGCAGCAGUACUGUACGUCACAACCACAACAGACUUGCGUUGAGUGUGUCUCUGUGUUGGUGUGUGUUUGCCACACCUGUACCUACAGUGCAUCUAGAAAGUGUGCGUCCUGUGGGGACUGUGGGUUCGUUCCAAUAUGUGACCUUGCGUCCUCCACUUGUGCUUGUGGCCAGGAAGUAAUACGUCUUGAUGACAUCACUGACAACAGCAUUAUAUAUAUUUCAAUAUCUCGCAAAAGCUCAGUUGUAAAGUCUCAUUUUCAAACAGGAUGGUAAAUGACGAAUAGUCCUCCAAAAAUUGUUUUGGCUAGGCUGACAGUGGGGAAACUUAAUUGUUUUCUCCACGGAGGCGGGGCAUCAGCAAAACGUGAGGCCACAAGCCCAAGUGGAGGUCGCAAGGUGCCAUAUUGGAACGCACCCUGUAUGUGUAAAAGUCACUUUAGCCUCUUCUUUUUUUCAGAAGAGUAUAGGCAGGAACCAUCUUGCCAGGAUGUUGUUUUGUCAGGAGGACAGUUAGGCUGCAGCACCAUAUCUUGAAGGAAGGUCCCGUCACUCCAUAUUUUCUCUACUAUGUAACUGUAAUUAUGCUUUUGUUGUUUUUUUUUCUGUUACCUGUUUGUUUGUAAACAUUUUGCUGUAUUGUAAUUUGUAAAUCAAAGGAUGAUUAAGACAAUCAUCUGACGAAGAAGAAUAAUGCCAUAGGAUCACAGGAUGGUUUAUGGCACCCAUGGACUAUAACAUGAACACGUGAUGGUGUCAUGUCUGGGCUCACUGUCAAAAAGACUGUAUAGUGUAUGUACUGGCAAUAAAGUCAAUCUGUAAUCUUGAAGUGA